CUUCUUUAACUUUUGACGCAAAACUUCCCCUUUUUUUGAGGAAUUUUUCAUCAUAUAUAUAUAUAUAUAUAUAUAGCAGUUAUAGAAUAUCUUCCAUAUAUUUUAUCCAGAGCGAAGCCGAAGAAAGGUGGUGUUGAAAUGGGAAGCCCGGUUUUAAGAGUCAUGGCUCUGGUUUCCGUGGACAUGCUGGCUGCAUAUGCUCUCUGGUUGUUAAUGGCUUACUUGCUCAUCGUAUGGAACCUUAAUUUUACACAUGCUGCUGCCAUCAUCAAUAUCUUAUGGGGAGCAAGAGAUAUAUUACUUACAUUCAUGCUAUACAUCAUUGAUACUCUUCUGGGUAACUUUUGGAUGCUCUUCUUUUCCUCCAUCGCAUAUGCUUCUGGUUUGGGAUUUCUGUCAAUGUCAACCCCAUCAGUCCUGGCGAAAUCUGCAGGGAACUGCAGAGAGGAUAAGCCAGAAUGCGUAGGAGAAGAACAGAAAAUUCUCUUCUUUUUAGCAUUGGCUUUGUUAGCUGUAGGAAUGUCAGGUCAGUCAACCUCCAUUGGAGGCUUCAUGCAAGAUCAGGCAGAGGAAACUGAAGAAGAAGAAACGGGAGGUGGAAAAAUCUGUUUAGGAACCUGCGGUGUUAUCCUUAUUCCAAUAAUUGCAAUUAUAGUAAUAGCCUUAGUAAAACCAUGGUCUAUAAGGUUUGGGAUUCCGGCAAUAUGUUCAUUAAUGGCUACUCUGGCUUUCCUCUCCGGCUGUUGUCAUUACAAACGUGUUGGUCCCCAAGGGAGUCUUCUCACUUGUGUGUUUAGGGUUUUGAUAGCUGCAACCUCCAAGAUUAUUUACAGACCUCCCAGAGACUCCACACAGCUUUACGAGAGACACGACGAUGGCGAUUUGGUGCAACAUACUUCUGUUCUAAGGUGUCUAGACAAAGCUGCCAUUGUUGUACCAGAAAAACCAGUAGAAGAGCAAGAGAAGAACAGAUGGAGACUUUGCAGAGUCAGCGAAGUAGAAAAAACCAAAAUUAUAAUCCGAAUGAUUCCUCUCUGGAUUCCCUUCAUUGUCAUCGGGCUUGUUUGUUCAAUUGGGAACACUUACUUUCUUGUUCAAGCAAACAACAUGAAACUCAAGCUUGGACGCAUUAAAGUUCCUUUUAUAAUCCUUCUCUGGUUUUACGACAAUGGAAAAUCUCUGUUUUCCAAUUUGUAUGUCGUUAUUGUCAGCCUCUUAGGUCAAUCAAGACAAUACGGUCCUCCAUUUGGGGUUGCAGCUUCCAUGGUUUUACAAGUUUUGUGUUGUAUAACAGCUGCAAAAGUCGAAGAUCGAAGACUCGACGUGGUAAUCCGCCAUGGUUUAGUUGACAAAGUCAACGAAACAAUUCCGAUGAGCAUAUUCUGGUUGCUUCCACAGUUUAUUUUGCUUGGAGCGGCUAAUGGGGUUUUGGAGAAUAGUGCAUCACAAUUUUUUACUGAGCAAGCCCCUCCAUCAAUGAAGACGUACUUGGUAUUACUCACUAAUGGCGUCUUUGGAUUAGGAACAAUAGCGAGCGUGGUUUCUGUGUAUUUGGCCGAGAAGAUAACUGGAGAAGGAGGAAAGAGAAGUUGGUUUGGAGAGACAUUGAACAAGAGCAGAUUAGAUAAUUACUACUGGACAUUGGCGGUAAUGAGUUCUGUGAAUCUGGUUUUGUAUAUUCUGAUUGCAGUUUGUUACUGGCGUGGAAGAUCAGAGGAAGAUGAGGAAGACGAUGAAGAUGAGGAUGGAGAAGCAGCAGGCGCCGCAUAUCAAGAUGAACUACAGAUUGAAAUUGAGCUUUGAUGUUUUCUCUUGUUGAUUUAUGCAUUUAAUUAGUUUUUUAAUUGUACCAUAUGAUACUCUCCUAAUUCCUUUUCUUUUUUGUAUUUUUUUCAAUUUUUUUUGCUCAAUCAUGAAAGAAGCAAUGCUCAAUGUAUUAAGUAUUUGGUUAA